AACAGCGCCUCUUCGUGGACAAAACGGACCUCGAGCUGUCAUAAUACGACAAAAUGCUGUAAAUUUAUUCUGAAAACUGACACCAUGUGAGACGGACAGUGCGUACAGAGUGAAACGUGUGUCUGUUAGUUCCGCAUGUUAAGGCUCCGGGGCGUUUGUUCGGAGUCAGCAGCCGAUAAUGUGAUGCUGCCAGCGGACUGAUCCUGUUAGCCUGGUUAGCCUGGUUAGCUAGCGGGCAGCAGCAGCAGCAGCAGCAGCAGCACUAUGGAGUAACUGCGCAGGGAAGGAAAACGCCAAAUCACUUUCUUAUUUUAGAGUCCAUGCUGCUGGCCGCCCGAGCAGUCGCAGUGGGCGUCACGUUCAUAACUGUUGCAAAAGCGAUGACUUCCGUGGCGACGUCCUCGGAGCUUCGGGGGCUGCGUGCCUCGGACAGCCGGGAUGCACGCAGCGGGAGGCUGCAGCGCCUGGUCGCGGUUCCGGGACACGUCCCGAGGAGAGUGAACGACCUGCUGCUGCUGCGGCCCGACGCGGACGGAGAGAGCGAGCCGGAGGGGAAGGAGAGGAGCGGGAACAGGCAUGUGGUGUUCUUCCACGGAGACAUCCAGAACUUCCAGGAGGAGAUGGCCGUGCAGCCUGAAGGAGCUCAGUGGUUGUCCUGGAGCCUGGAGCAGGUCGCUCUCACUCUGGCUGCACGCUUCCCCGACAGGCACGUCUGGGUGGUGAAGGCCUCCCGCAUGUAUCUGCACAAGUUCAGCUGCUACCACAACUUUGUGGAGAGCAACAUGUUCGGGGCGCCGGAGCACUGUCCGUACUCACCUGACUUUGGAGCAUUUCGCCACCUCAGGGCCCUGCUGAGCCACGGCAUGGAGCGAGCCCGCCUCCCGAACCCCCUCCAGCCAGAGGGAGGUGCCGACAGCAUCCCCUCAGGGUUCUCCCUCACCCUGGUGGGCUUCAGCAAAGGCUGCGUGGUUCUGAACCAGAUGGUGUACGAGCUGGCCGGGGCCCGCGCCGACCCGCAGAUGUCGCCCUUCGUCAAGCGCAUCACCGACAUGUUCUGGCUGGACGGGGGGCACCCUGGGGGCAGCGAGACCUGGGUGACGGACAAGCAGGUGCUGAAAGAGCUCGCCGCCAGCGGGGUGUCGAUCCACGCCCACGUGACCCCGUACGAGGUGUGCGACCCAAUGCGGGCCUGGGUGGGCCGCGAGCACGGACACUUCAUCAAGACUCUGGAGGAGUUCGGGGCCUGUCCCAGCAAGAAGCUGCACUUCGAGGACGAGCCGCCCUCCAUCGAGAACCACUUCAAGGUCAUCCAGGAGUUUUGAGUCUGCUUCAAAACAGCUGAAGCAGACGAGUGAACGCUGAGCUGACGGCGUGGACGUCGCCCAGCGCUCUACGUCACCAUUAGAAUGCAGGUUGUGUGUCUUACUCGCUGGUCUUACCUCAACGUGAUUUAAGGGCUCGGAGUUUAGAGCACGUGACAGAUGCUGGUGUUGUGUUUCUUUCUUUGUAUUGCUAAAAGCACUUAACCUGAGGCGAUCCUCCACCUGCUCCCCUGAGCAGGAAUAUGCAGGUAUAAAAAAAUGGAUGAUGGAUAGGUCUGCCAUCCAGUGUCUUCCUUUAAAGAUCCUUCGAGGCUAAAUGUAAUUUUCUGUUCGACUCUGGCUCAGUUUGUGCUGCUGCAGAGUCUGUUGAUUUAGAAACCUCAACAAGUUUGGGUUGAUUUUGUCCUGGAGAUGAUUUAAGUUUGUAUAAUUAAUUAGCUACUUAUUUUAAUUUCUGCUGAUUUUAAACAGAGCUUGAUGUUUGUUUGGCUGAAGCGGAGCAGCUCUUUACAUUCUCUUUAUACCUGCACUUGUGUUGACGCGUGAAUGUCUGAAGGUCUGAACGAGACUCUGCGGUGUCGCGUCCAGACUUCAUCAGUUGGUCUCUCAGUCGAUUGUAUUUAAACUGUGGCCAAUUUAUUAAGCACAGCGAGUUAACAGACGGUUCUGUUUCAUUCCUUCACUUUGAUCCUGAUGGUGGAUCAAUCAUUUGUGAGAACGUUUCUGUUUAAGUCAUAACUUACUGAAAGAGGAAACCAAAAUGUGGAAGUUGUAUUUCAGUAGGAGUUAGAUUUUUUUUUUUUAAAUCGCUGCCACCAUGAGAAAAACAUAAAUUUGUUCAUUAUGACAAUGAACACAUCGUGACCUGGAGGUCCAUUAAGUAAAGAUUCUGGAGCUUUUUGAUCUUCAUCAGCAGGUGAAGCUGAGCUGUGUUCAUAGAGAUCAUGUGACCCACGUCAGCUGCUGUUGUCAAGUUUAGGAAGAAACUUUUGAAUUGACUUUUAUUAGAACAUUUUAAUACUUCUUUUGCCGUAACUUGUUGAAGAA